AUGGGUCAUCCACUUGAAUUGUCAAUAAUAGAAAAUAGUUUUAUCGAAGAAUGGAUAAAUCAAUCAUAUGCUCAAUUUUCAGAAACAAUUGUAUUUAAAGGGCAUAUAAUGACAAAUAAAAAACAGCAUUUAGAUCCCUCGAAAAAAUGGACAUCAUCAAUUUUAAUAAUAACGGUUUAUCACUUAAUUAUAUUUUCGGAUGGAAAGGAUCUAACAAAAAAACUACCAAAAGAAUACCAUAUUUAUGAUUGUAAAAAACUAUCAAAUAAAGAAGACUAUUGUUUAUCAUUAACUUUUCAAAGAGGUAAACAAAAAUCAAAAGUAAUUAUGAAAACAGAGCAAAUGAACUAUAUUGUAUCAUUAAUAAGAAGAUUAAGAGCUCAGUUAGAUUCAGAUCAUUGUAUAUCAGAAUUAAAACUAAAUGUUAGAGAUUAUUUAAAACAACCUCUAGAAAGAAAAGAAUUUACAAAUUUUGAAGGAUUUUUAGAUUUAUACAGAGGAUGGUGUAGUUAUUUUUCGAUAGAGCCAAGUCAAUCAGUAAUUGAUUAUACUCACAAGACAAUAAUAGAUGGAAACAACGAAAUAGAUUUAAAUGAGCUAGAAACAUCAGAGCAAUCAGAGUUAUCAUUUGAUCAAAUACCAUUUUUAUUUUCACUCAAACAUAAUAAUUAUUUUUCAUCAUUGAUAAUUAAAGAUUUAAAAAAGGAAAUGAGUGUUAAAGCGCUAGCAGAAUUAAUUCAACAUAAUUCUUUUAUUAAAAAACUUAUAGUUAAAAAAACCGGUUGCGAAUCAUUACAAACAAUUUUAUCCUCAAUUUCUGGAAAUAAAAAGAACUCCAUACAGAUUUUGGAUAUUUCAGAAAAUAAUUUUUCAAAACAAUCAAUAAGCUCAUUGAUAUCUUGCAUGACAAAUUUCAAUCAUUCUUUAAUUUAUUUAAAUAUUUCAAAUUGUUCAAUACCUCCAAAAAUGAUGUCUGCAUUUUUUGAAUCUUUAGAGAAAAACUAUGGAAUGUCUUUAACUUUAGAAUAUUUGAAUAUUUCAAAUAAUAAACUUGACGAUUCAGGUAACAGCGCUUUAACCAGUUGGAUAAUAAGAUCAAGAGGAAAUUUAAGUUUAAAAAAUUUUAUGUUAGCAGGUGUUGGUGUUUCAAGUCAAACAAUAAAUGCAUUAAGAAACUUAUCCAAACUAGAAUAUAUAGAUUUAUCUUUUAAUAAAAUAGAAUCAAACGAAUUAGAAAGAUUAUAUCAUAUAUUAACAAUACCAUCAUUAUAUAGAGUAGAUUUUAAUUAUUGUAAUUUAUCCAAAGAAAUAUCAAGCUUAAUAUUUUCUAAAAUGUCAGAAAAGAAAAUUAAUGUUCAUUUAGAAUUAGCCGGAUUAAAUAUAUUCUCAAGUGAUGAAACUAAUUGGGACAUGCUAUUUACCAAUAUGCUAUUGUUUAAAGAAUCACAAAUUAAAAUUAAAUGUUUAAAUUUAAAACUUACAAGAGGUACAGAAAAAACAUUAAUUACACUUUUAAACACAUUAGGCGAAAUGAAGAUAGAUGAUUUAAUAUUAGAUGGUUUACAACUAUAUAACCCUCAAACCCAAAGUAAUGGAAGUGAUAAAAAUGGAAAUAUUAAUACAAACUCUGGAACUAAUAUCGGUGGUAGUAAUGUGAAUAGUCCAUUGAACAGUCCAUAUAAUAAUUUUUCACCAAUAGGAAGCAACCAAAAUGAUGACUUGGAAGAUGAAAUUUUAGUAACUCCAUCAUCAUCGGCAAAUUCAACUCCAAUUAUAGUGACAAAUUCAAAUAUAGGUGUUGGAUCCUCAUCAUUAUCAGUUAGCUCCAUUAACUCUGCCAAUUCAACCAACUCCUCUUCUUCAUCAUUUAUAAGUACAAAUGGUAGUAGUAUUAGCUUAUUGUCAGCAAGUAUGAGUAGUGCUUCACCUCUAUUAACCACCCCCACAAGCAGUGUUAGUAGCUUUAAUAGUGUUUCAAGUAGCAAUAGUGCAUUUUUAAAUUCAUCAGUAAAUGGAAUCGUUAGCGUUAGCGGUACCAUUUCACCAGGACGAAUGCAAAUAAAAAACCUUUUAGGCAAUGUUAACAAUAAUAAUAAUAGCAACAACAGUACUAAUAGCAAUAAUACACCUAACUCAAAUGACUUAUUAGUAGCAAACAAUAAACCAUUCAAACAACUCUUUAUCAAAGCAUUAGUUAAAAUCUACAAUAAUCCAGAUAUUAGAUUUUUAGGUCUUUCAGAAAUUGGUAAAAUUAUUACAUCAUUUAUUCCAACACUUUCAAAAACUAGCUCUGUUAUAUCUUUAGAUAUAAGUGGAAAUGGUGUUGGUGAUAUAGGGGCCAAUCUUUUAAGUACUGCUUUAACUACCAAUAGGUCAUUAAUUAACAUUAAUAUAGAUUGCAACUUAAUAACCCAUGUUGGAUGGAGCUCCAUCACAAGAGCAAUUGCACCAAUAGAUACAUGCUCAUAUGAUAUAUUAGUUAACACUGCUAAAGACAAUCAAACCCUUCCCUCAACAAACUUACCACCAUGCCUUUGCUCAAUGUCUUAUCCAAAAUAUGAUUUCGAAAGAGUUCUUACAAGUACUGAAGAUAUCCAACAACGUACUGUAAUAUACAUGGCAAUUUCUAAUUUACAGCUAGCUCUUCAUAAGAAUGGUGAAACAUUUUUAAAGAAUGAAAAGGAAUAUAUCUCAAAAAAAUCAAGUUCUUGCGGUAGCAUUUCAUCUUUUUGUAAUAGAACAUUUGCAACAGUACCAGUCGGAUAUAUUUUCAAAAGAUUUAUAGACCAUGAGCAAUUAUCAAUGCCUGUAACACCCACAAUACUUUACCCAAUGACACCAAUUCCUACAUCUAUUGCCCAACAAAUAAAUGAUAAAAUCAGUCACUCUGAUAGUUUACCAAAUCCUUCUGCACUUUAUAGUAUCAUUGCCACGCUUAGGGAUCCAUAUUAUAAAAACAAUAAUCAAAACCCUAAUGUUUUCACAAUUUAUACAAAUAAUGUUCUACUUCCAACACGUAACUCCCCAAUUCCUUUUGUAUUGUCCUUCCCAGAUGAUAGCGAUGAAGUAAUACAACAAAAGAAACUAUUACAACAACAAAAAGAACAACAACAACAGCAGCAUUUUUCUACAAUACAGUUUAGAAAAUCAGGCCAAGCAAUUCCAUUCUAUCAAUCUACAAAUGUAUCUAAUUCACCAUCAAAUAAUAUGAUCAAUACCUCAUUAAGCUUUUUAAGUAGAAAUAACAGCCCAUCAUUAAUUAAAAAAUUCACAACCUCAGAUUAUUAUAUCCAAGAUGUUAUUGGUAAACUAGAUUCUGUAGUAACAGACUGUAUAAACUCAAACAAUCAAGAUUCUGAAUUAUCACCUAUAACCUCAAAAAUCAAACACAUUAAAAAUUUAGAUAUUUUAGAAAAAGAAAAAGAUAAAUAUAAUUUUGUAAAUACAACUAUAAAUAAUAAUUCUGUAAUUCAUCAUCAUCAUCAUUCAAAAUCGACCGGUCAAAUUGUAACAUCUACCUCACUAUCAUCACUAUCUAUAACAUCGCAUAAUAAUACUGUGAUUUCAACAGCAGUACCCAAACCAAAAGGAAGUAAAUCGUUUAUAGAAGAGGGUACCAAUAAAUCAAUGAUUAGAAAAAGUAUAAAUGGUUCUACCAAUAUAAAAUCUGAAUAUACAAAUAGAGCUAGAAGUUCGAGUGUUUUCAAUCCAAUUUCAAUAAUCCAAAAUAGAAUUCCAACAAGUAAUGAUUAAAAUUUUAAUUAUUGUUUUUUUAACAAUAUAAUUAAAAAAAAUAAAAAUUUAAUUAUAGACAUAAAUAAAAUUUAAUAAG